AGUGCCUGGGUGCAGAUCCCUGUAAACGUGGGCGCAUAAACCUCGAGUUUCGCGGGGCUGCUGAGUGGAAUCCUGGUGGUCGCCUGCUCUCCAGCCCUCUCCAAGAUGCAUAACUUAACGCUUUUCGAGUCUGGAGGGGACAACGUGUCUUGCGGCGGCUCAUCUUUGGGCUGUCCCAACGGGUCCAGCCUGGCUCCUCUGCCGCUGCCGCAGCCACUGGCGGUAGCAGUGCCUGUCGUCUACGGGGUAAUUUGCGCCGUGGGACUGGCUGGCAACUCUGCGGUGCUGUACGUACUGCUGCGCACGCCGCGCAUGAAGACUGUCACCAACGUGUUCAUCCUCAACCUGGCUAUCGCCGAUGAGCUCUUCACCCUCGUGCUGCCCAUCAACAUCGCGGACUUCCUGCUGAGGCGCUGGCCCUUCGGGGAGGUCAUGUGCAAGCUCAUUGUAGCCGUCGACCAGUACAACACUUUCUCUAGCCUCUACUUCCUCGCCGUCAUGAGCGCCGACCGAUACCUGGUGGUUCUGGCCACAGCAGAGUCGCGCCGGGUGUCCGGGCGCACUUACGGUGCAGCGCGUGCUGUCAGUCUGGCGGUGUGGGCGCUGGUGACGCUGGUCGUGCUGCCCUUUGCGGUAUUCGCUCGGCUGGACGAGGAGCAGGGUCGGCGCCAGUGCGUGCUGGUCUUCCCGCAGCCCGAGGCCUUCUGGUGGCGUGCCAGCCGUCUCUACACACUAGUAUUGGGCUUUGCCAUCCCGGUGACCACCAUCUGUGCUCUCUAUACCACUCUGCUCUGCCGACUGCGUGCUAUCCAGCUAGAUAGCCACGCCAAGGCCCUGGAUCGUGCCAAGAAGCGCGUGACCUUGUUGGUGGCGGCGAUUCUGGCUGUGUGCCUCCUCUGCUGGACGCCUUAUCACCUGAGUACCAUAGUGGCCCUCACCACCGACCUCCCGCAAACGCCGCUGGUCAUCGGCAUCUCUUACUUCAUCACCAGCCUGAGCUAUGCUAACAGCUGCCUCAACCCUUUCCUCUAUGCCUUCCUGGACGACAGCUUCCGCAGAAGCCUCCGGCAAUUGGUGUCAUGCCGUUCAGCCUGAUGCCCUUUCCACCUCUUUCCACCGCAGGCAGCACUGCCAGCUGGGUUCAGGAGAAUUCCGGGACUGUGGUUCCCAAGUGCAGCCCGAAAUCCUGAGGCCCAUUCCAGGCAUUCAGUACCACAGGCCCUACCCAGGACUGAUACCACAGGCCCUAACCAGGACUGAUCCGGGAUUUGCCCGGCCUUGAGGUGAGGCUGGUGUGUAGCAUGCCUGAGGACAGCUUGGGCCAGGGCACCUUACUAUUUUGUCCCCACAGCUGAGGGCAGGGCUUGACACCUGAACGUAGGGUAAAUGGUGGGGCAGUGUUGUUGGAACGUGAUUUUAAUUCUCUCUCUAUUUCACUGUGAGUAGGCUCCUAGGAUGUCCCAGGCAUCUCUUCCUCAGCGUUAAGUCUGUGUAUUUUGUUUCUUUGCUUUCCACCACGGAUGACCUCCCUGGUAAACAGCCUGGCCUGAUGCUUCUUAGGAACACUCUAACUGCCUGGCCACGCCUCACUGGAGAUGUGUGUGUGUGUGUGUGUGUGUGUGUGUGUGUGUUAGAGUGGAGGUGUGGUGGUGUGGAGGUGUGGUGGUGUGGUGGUGUGGUGGUGUGGUGGUAUGGUGGUGUGGUGGUGUGGUGGUGGUGGUGAAGGGGGCUAGAACCUAGCUGUGACUGACAAGAAUAGAGAUAAUCACCUGCUCAGUAUGCCCCACCUUUCUUCGUUUUACCGAAGCCGAUCUAUAUGGCCCUAAAAAGACUUUAACCGAGGCUGCAAAAGCCAAGAGUACAGAGAAAUCACCGGAGAGUGAGGUUCCAGCUCCCUCUAGAGGAGUCAGGUGUACAGAACGUUUCUGAGCUGCUUUUGCACAGGGUGGUGCACCAGCCAACAGCUCUUUAAAUCUUUGGUCCUUUGUAGCUUCUGUAAAGUAGUCCAAAAUUUCCUUCCUGCCUCAUAGCCUUCACAGGCUUCCCAUACAACUUAGACCAUUUCCUUGUAACUAUGUACAGUUUUUCUGGACCAAGAACUUUGUAAAUAAUACAUAUAUCUUACUCUCACAGUCUUCUUAACUUAGAGGAAUAUGAGAAAUAAAAGAUGAGACCUGUUCCAACUAUGGUUCCCCUUCCCUGAGUAUUCUUCCAGGACCUCCCUUCAGUGAGAUCCAGGUACGGGAACCGCCUUGCAUCCCUAGCUUUUUCUUGUCUGGACACUUACCUAACCACAAGGAACAUCUAAAUUUUGUCCAAUUCUAAAGUCCCGGGGAACAUCUGCUUCUGAUUACCCACAGGGAACAGUCAACACCUACUUUCCUCUCUUUAGUCUCUACUUAUGGAAGACAAGCUCCAGGCCUCCUCCUCGAGGCCUGGAGUAACCAGACUCAUCAGUGAUAGCGUCUUUUAAACGAUAUGUUUAGGAUGAUCCCCAGGAAGAAAUGAUAUGAUUUUCAAGUAUCAUUUUUCCUAUGGGAAAGUUUGGUUAUAUGUGGAACCAAGACUCUUGCCAGCAGACUUUGUUUACAAAGUUUGGCAUGAAAGUCAAUUAUUUCUCAGUUAUUUGUAUUCAAUGUUCCCUUCAAAAAUAUGCAGAAGGGAAAUACUCUCUCUUGCAAGAGGAAGGCUAAAUUUCCCUCUGAUUUUGGUGUAUGAGAAUUGAUUGGUUCCUACGGUGUCAGAGUUGUGGGAAGAUUGGGGUAAUUUUCAAGUACAAACUGAGAAAACUAAUUUAGAGGCUGUGUGUCUUGGGUGCAAAUAACAGUAAAUUGUCUAAAAGUUGUCCAUCAGUCAUGCACUUGAACCAUGGUCAUCAUGGCCUCAGAACGGGCCUCUGCUGUGGCCUUCAGAAGUGUCUGGAAUGUGUUCAUAAGCUUCAGACUUCUGGGAAGCACUCCACAGAUAUUUCUUUUAAAACUUAAAUUUUGUAUGAUUUUCUGUAAUUUUUCCAAAUUAGGAUUUUAAAAUUGAGCAACCUGUAGCUCAUCCAGGGUGAUAAUAAAGGAUGCAGUGGAGCUUUGGACACAGAUACAGCCAAGUACUGUCACAUUAAUUGGAAACCCAGUCUCCAUACAUGCAGCAGCAACAUAGAUAAGAAGGAGGUCCUGGUAGUUUUCUGUCUGUCAUGCCAUUGCUGCUAGAGAUAGGUUUAUGUCUGUCUUGCAGUCUCUGGAUGCUGCCGGAAAAACACAAGAGAGAUAUAACUGUACCCAUCACAGCUCAGUACAGACUGGAAGUCUAGUUUGCAUCAAGAGGAUUCAAUAUCAGUGUCACACUGGCUUUCUAAAGCCCCUCGUGAUCACUUCACCUUUCUGUGAGCAUUUGGGCAGUUAUAUAUAAAUAAAUAUAUAAAUAUAAGGCAUCUAUAUUUAACCUUUUAUCUCUUAAGUAAAACAUAGAAUAAAUAAACAAGUCACAUAGUAGGAAAAUUUGUAAUUCCAUAGUUCUUACAGCCUUGGUGUAAACUAUGUUGUUUUAACGCUUCUAAUAUCUAAAAGUGUGAAUUUGGUUUUACUUAUUUUAGUAUAAUUGUAUAAAGUGGGUUUAAUGCUUUCUCAAGAAAUGCAGCAAUUUGCUAAUUGAUUGCAGAAGAUCCAAGUCUAAAAUAAAAGGUGAAACAUUCUGUGUGA